GCAGACAUUUGGACAGCGCUUUUUGCGGUCGCAGUAGGGACAACAGACCUCACACUCAGCGCGCAUACACACAGACACAGUGAGACGCGCAAACGAAAAAGAAAAAUCUCUUUGUUGGCUUUAUUAAUCCCCACAGCCUUCAACAGGCUCAUGGAGAGCGGAGCCCUGCUUGUCCGCACCAGGGGCAGGUUUAUCGGAUGCCUUUCGCCACAGCAGCGCCGUUUCUUUUCCAUUCAGGAUUAAUUGGUUGACCAAUGGCUCCAAAACAUGUGCUCCUCUCCAACAGCGGCAGCAGUGACCCCGGGGUUGGAGGGGUAAGAAACAAAAGGGACCUCCGCUCUUCCUCUCCGAGGGCAUGGAUCCUGAAUGCGGGGAUGGUGGCCGUCUGUUCGCCGAGUAACGGGAAGAGGACGCGAGCGCCGUUUGGGAUGCUGGCCCGGUGGUUUGUGGCCAUCGGCGCGGUGCUGAUGCUGAUGCUGCAGAGCACCUUGGCCGCUGACGUUGACAGAGGUCACCAUGAGUCACUGAGACGGGCUAUCUUGCCUUUGGACCCCACAGUGCCCUCCAACUUCUCAGCCAACCCGAGGACUGGAGAGAGAGGUGGGGCAAACGACAAAGUUGCUCGACCCGGACCUGGAGCUGGACAUAAAGCCGGACCCAGAGCUGAACCCAGAGCCUGGCCUGAGGGUAAAGUGUUUGCUGAAACAGAAGCAGGAGGCCAUGCCGGGGCAGUUGAUGAAGUCCUUGCUGAGACUGGAAAUAUGAUGGGAACCAGCACCUGGGCUGAAAUAAGGGCUGAAUGGAGUCCGGUGGAUGGAGAAGGGGAUGACCUGCCAAGCAUGCCCAAGGACCCAGCUGCCUGGAUGGGGCAGCAGAGGCUGCAGGCGCACGAAAAGAGCCAAAGAGAGCAGGCAACCAUCUCACCAGUCCCCACCAUACUGGCAGAGAAAGCGGAGCUGCAGGCACUAGCAUUGAAAAAACCUUUAGGACUGCUGUCUAAAGCUGCUUGGACCACCAAAAGCUCUUCUUCAUCGUCAUCCAAGGCCUCCUCCUCUUCCUCCUCCUCAUUUACAACAAAAGCAUCCUCUUUGCCUUCUUCCACCUCUUCCUCCCCCUCUCCAGGCAGUGAAAGAGACAGUGAGACAGCAAGAUCAGACAACGUCUCUCUGAAUGUUGUCAGCAGCAACUCCUCCAACACCAAUAGCAGCUCAAGUUUGGAAGAGUCAGUGAGCAGCCUGCCAGCCUGGGAUCUCCCAACUGUCCACGAGUCACUCCUGUCCACAGUGGGCGACCACGACAUCACACUUCUUGCCAACAUCACCAGCCCUUUCUCCACCCAUCAAUGGAACACCACCAUGCCUUCGCGCACCAGAAACACCUCACAGCACACAACAACAUUAACCACAACCCUAAACACAUCUCUAUCACCCACCACCUCAACUUUACCGCUAUUCACUACAGCAAGAUCCCAAACACCAUCAGGGUCCACUACGGGUUCUCAAACCACACAGCAGGACACUGUGACCAAUGACAGCCUUCCACUGACUACAGUAACUGCAAGAACGCCCUUAAUGACCACUCUUUCUGUGACCACUGCUGAGAUGAUGACACAGGUGGUGACCACUGGGAGCUCUGUAACUGAAUCACCAAAUACCACAGCUGCUACCACCACACAGCAAACAACAAGCCUCAAACCGACCACAGCGUCCACUCAGCCUACAACCACCACUACAACCACACUUGCCACUACUACCACCACUACUACGACCCCCCCUACCACCACCACUACAACCACCAUCGCCACCACUACUCCUCCCCCAACCACUACUACAACUACUACACCUGCAACUACCACUUCUACCACCACCACUACUACUACCACUACAACAACAACAACAACAACAACAAAGGUACCUGCCACCACUAUGUUCAUCCCGAUGACGUCACCUCCCACCACGACCACUGAACCUCUGUCCAGUACAAGCGCAGAGGAAAGUCCUCUACCAUGCAACGUGACCGAGAAGUACUGGGUCAGAACAGUUCUGUCGAUUGAGCUGCGUAGGAACCGGCUGGAUCUGAUCCUGAAACAGAACCUCUCUAAAGGACUGAGCCAUGCCCUGCAGAGAGCCCUGAAUGACUCCACAGCCUAUGCACAGGUGGAACACGAUGAAAGCAGUCCCCACAACGUGACGCUGAGUUACUACGUCACUAGCGGCAAAACUGUCUACAUUACCUCCUUGGUGGUUGAGGCACUGCAUGUUUACGGUUUUGAUAAGCUCCUGUCGGACAUCCGGCAGCACACCCCGUUGGUUAAGGCAGUUCUGGUUCCUGUGGCAACCUGGGUGCCCGCUCCAAGUAUUCACCUGCAGCUGAAAACAGUGCUGCGAUUCGUCGGCCCAACAGAUAACAUCUACUCCUGCAGUUUUGUCCAGAUUUUGGAGCAGAGGCUAGAAAACGCCUUUGACGAGGCUCAAGACAAAGUGCUGGAGACCUACAACAAGCUCACUGUGGAGAUCCAAAGUGUAUCCCAGGACCCAGGCUCUCCAUCAGUCUCACUGGUGUAUGUGGUGAAGAACCAGGGUGCCAUUCUCAACGGGACGAUCUCCAGCGGCCUUCUCAACCAGCUGACCGCCGAGCUGGUUGGAUACUUUCUGUUCUACCCACCCAUGAUCAUUGCUGAGCCCCUCGAAUACCAUAAUCUCAACACGUCAAUGGCAACCAAGAAAUAUUGGGUGAUAACAGUGAUCCAAGAUGUGGACAGCUCCUCCCUGGAGGCCAACUACCAGAGCUUUGCAAACCUGAUGGAGCAGCGGCUGGCUGAGCUUUUCCUGGUGGCCGGCAGGCAGGGCCCUCGGACGGCACGAUCUCGGCGGGCCACCACCGUGGGGAGCUACACUGUACAGAUGGUGAGCAUGCGUCGACUGCCUGGUCCCAAGAACCCAGCAGAAAUGACCUAUUUUGCACAGCAGAAUGGAGCACCCAUCACUGGCACCACCGCUGCCAAGACCCUUAGCAGUCUGGACUCGCAGACCAUGGCUUUGACACUGGGAUACUUUGUCCAAGUGCAGGCUGAAUCUGUGGUAAAGACGCCGCCCAGCAACCUGUGGAUCAUGGCUGUUCUAACGCCCCUCUUCCUGUUGAUGGUGGUGAUUGGUAUGGUGUCCUUCCUUCUGUGUAAGAGGAACAGGGUCAUCUUUAAAGCUGGCGCCUUUAGGACCUUCAAAACUCGCUCCAAGACGUCGUAUCGAAGGGAGGGCAGCUACCACCACCAGCCUGUCCAGGGCUUUGACUACGCCAAGAAGCACAUGGGUCGAACGGGUGAUAAGGCUAUCUCCGUUACCAAGGAGACGCUGGUGCUGGGGCUGCCUGUACGAGAUCCUCCACUUUCACUGUCAUUGGACAAGAAGGUCCAUCAGGAUGGUACCGUCAGCAAGAUGCCUCCAUCUGCUGACAUACACAAAGGAGGCCGGUUGCCAAGUGAGGAGGACGGCUCUGUGUCAAGUAAGGGCUCUGGGAAGCUGAACACCAGCAAGACCUCCUCAGCCCGAAGGACGGCGACCAGCAGCAGCAGCAAGAACGGCAAGGAGGAGCUUCACAAGAGGAGCCCCAAUGACCCAUACGAAGAUCAUUCAGGCUCUCUGCGUCUUAUCACCAUUAAACCCAUGACUGCUCAGCCAACAUACUCCUAUCCCUCCUCCUCAUCCCACAGCCAAGACUCUGUGGUCCUCAAUGUGGAGGCAAACCACGGUGGACUGAAACAAAAGUCUGACAUUGAGCACUACAGGAACAAACUGCGGCAGAAGGCCCGGAGGAAGGGCUACGGAGAGUUCUCUCUGUCUGAGGGUGGCGGCCAUGGUUACAGUCACCAUGACACCAGGCACAGUCGGCACGACGGCGGGGUCAAGGAGCCAAUGACUGCUGAGGAAAAGAGGGCAUCGUUCGCAGGAUGUCAUAAGAGGUACUCACACCCACGGGAGCCCACCUACUGGAGCCGGCAGUCUCUGAGCAGCCCAAGCCCAGUAGAAACAGAGAUGGACCUGCUGGUGCUGAGAGAAAGAUCCAGGAGAGGCAUCCGGAACAACGGCUACGAUGGCGAACCAGAACCGUUUGAGGAGACCAAUGUGGAUCGUUUGAUGAGCUCUCUGGGUUAUGGAGGUGGCACAGGGAAUGGCAGCCUUGGGGUGAAAGCUCACCGUGGCUCCGACUCCUCCACACUCAGCUCUCAGCCUUCCAUUGAUGAGGUCCGCACGCAGAUGCAUAUGUUGCUUGGCAACGCCUUCAGCCUGGCACCUCCAGACCAUGCCCCCCCUUCUCCUCCAACCAAGAGCCACUACCAUCACUACCAUCAUGCCCACAGAGCCUACAACCCGUCCCACACCAGCCACUACAGUGACGGGGUGACCAGCGCCCCAGGGACCAUGAACCAUCCCUGUGGAGGCAGGCAGAGAAGUGCAGGCUAUGAGGACAUGCACCAGUGUAGCUUGCCCAAACCGGGUUUUCGGUUCACCCAGCUUCCUGAUAUGGGCAUCGGGUCUCCCCCGCCACUGAUCCCCUCAAGACCAGGACCACCACUUGGAACCUCAUUACGACGUUCCACCCCUGAUGUUAGUCUGAAGCCCCGUGUGUCAGAGGCCUCAGACCUGCAGGCUCAGCAGCACAACGGUGCCCCGUACCUGCCGCUGUCCAGGACCCCCUUCCCUGCUGUCACUGUCGACCAGUCCAUCAGCACCUACUCAGGAAACCCAAUAACAGCAGUCUACGCUAUAUCGGCCAACCGCCCUGGUUACUCAGACUACUUUGUCAUGUCACCGCCGGCCUCAUACCGUAGCCCAUCCUGGAUGUCCUACCCACCUGAGCCUGAAGACCUGCCACGCCAUUGGAACGACACACCAAACUCACGUCAUCUUGAAACCAUCUGUUAAAGUUGUCUGCCUGUGACAUUGAAUGGAAACAGCCGAUAGCUUGGUGUCUCUUUGGAUGGGCAGAAGAGCUCCCUCUCACUGAAAACUCCCUGGAGCUAUUUUAUCCCUCCUUCACUUUGGCCCGGAUUUCCUCCUGUCUGAUUUAUUCAUCAAAGGUGGACACGCCUCCACUACCACCUUAUCCCUACCUCCUCCUCUUUCUGCUGGGCUGGCCUCCUUGUAUCUCGCUUCAUCUGCUGCUCAUAGUGUUUCUCAUCCUCCAAAACUCCAAUGUCCCAUAAGCCCCUUCACCUGGUCAAAGCUCUGCUUUAAUCUCCUUACCAAUGUAAAUGUUCAGCCAUAUUUCUCUAUCUUUCUGUAUUUUCUCUGAGCCCCUGGCCUCACUGACCGUAACAGGACCCUCUGGGCCCCUAGUCACUAUCUCUUUGUACACUGCCUCCUCUGUGGUAACCACCAUUGUACAGCAAGAGGCCCCUCACAGUGCUGAACUGAACUGAGCUGAGCUACGUGAAGCUAUACUGUGCUUCCCUGUGUAAUAACAUGUGCAGUAUGGAUGAACAGGGUGAGUACAUUUUAAAUAGUUCUCUGCCCCAGCAGUCAUCGCACAGUAGCUGCAUCUGCAAAGCACACGAACGCUGCGUUAUCAGUAUCGUAGUGCCCCAGCCGUGGGCAGUAGUCUACUCCUGGACCUCUCAACUGGACUGGACCAUCCUGGACUUGUCCCUAAUUUCCACCAUAAAACCAGGAAACCUGGACUGACUAAAACCUGUGCUUUUUUCGAUGAAUCCACAUUCCUACUAUAAGUAAACAUUAUACAGCUGGUUAAUAUGUGUAUUUUAAACUUAAGUGAGAAAACAAAUCUAUGGAAGAAGGGAGAAAAAAAUAUGGUUGUGAGCUGUCUCAAUUUCAGUUUUUGAAUAUUUGUGUGCUUUUGUCUUUUACUUUUGUGCAUUGAUUAUUAUCAAUGGAUUACUGUACUGAAAAAACGUAAUUGAGUGUUUCUCUUUCACUCACAGUAUGUUAAGUCAAAAAAAUAUAUUACAUUUUUCAAAACAGAGAAAUCGGUGGCUUAGUUGUCUAUGGUAAUAAUGUCAUUACUGUACUUUUAAAAAAUAAUUACUUUGUUUACUCUUUUACUUCAUCAGAUUCAGUAAUGAAAACAGGAAUUAGUCACUUUGUUUUGUUAAUUGAAUCAUGAAGUUUGUGUCUGCUAAUCAUUAGGCAGACCUAGGUCAACUAUUCUAAGUUCUGCAUUUUGUAGCUUUGCAGCCGCUGUAGGAUUUGUUUGACUUCUCACAAAAGAUAAAAACAUUUACUACAUGAUUACUAACUUAUUUUAGUUCUGGUUUGAUGCAGGUCUGAUGAAAUUAUGAGAACACACAGUUAUUGAUAGGAAAACAACAGUUAUUUUACUUGAAAGGUGUCUACUGUAUUCUACUGUACAAGGAAAUUUGACUUUUUGGUCUUGAUGAAUACUUGGUCACUGGACUAUGGUGUAGUACUGUUCAAGAGACUUGCCGGGCUCAGAUGAGCCUUAUGUGUAACGAUAAAAUGUAUUACUGUAUAUAGCACAUGAUUUAACAAAGAGAUUUAUGCAAGUACUGUGGGAGGCAUACUUCACUUGACAUUUUUCUGACCCCAUUUUUCUUUCUUGUAUUUCCACUACGUUAAUGAUGGACUGUUUUUGAAUCUUCUUGAAUUUUUGAAGGAUGCACACGUUUCAGUAUCAUCUGGAUCAUCUUUUUACUAAGAAAAAAGAAGAUAAAAAAUAUUACAAAUAAAUACAUUACUAAAGGAACAGAUGGAGUGUUUAGAGUGACGUGCAGUAAAAAGGCAGAUCUCACCUGGCAUGUAAAGUAUUAUUUAUAUUUGAACAAAGCCAUAUAAAAGUUAAAAUAAUGCAUUUUUUGCAAUUUCUUUAAUACAGAGAAUAUCACAGCGUAAUUAUAUUUACCCUAUUUUUUAUAUGGGAAUUGGAAACCUGUGAGCACACUGUGUAAGGCUCCUCAUAAUUUAGAUCGUACAAUAUUCAUAUGUUAACAGUUAGGAUAUGCAGUGUUAUGUUAAAAGUGACAAGAGAUACCAAAUGAAGAAAAAAGAAGAUAUUACAAAGGAAGUAAUGAAGUAGGUAAGAAACAUAUAGGAAAGAGUUAAAGUUAAGUUAUGAGAUGAGCACCUUUAUAAAGAUCCCAAACUUUGACAAAAAAGCAGAAUCGAUGUAAAAAUGCUGUUGUAUAGCAUGGAAUAUUUGAAUUCUAUAAAUCUACAAACCAUUUGGAAUUUCUUUCAACUAAGCCUGAAAUGGUAAAUGCAUAAUCAAAGUAAAAAGGUUUUUAAUAUCAUUCUUCAAUUAAAUUACUAUUCACUUUUCUGGACAGGACAUGUGCAGAGUAUAAUGUUGGGGAAGAUUCUGAAAGGUGACUGUUGUAGGCCAAAAAAGUAAAUAUGCUAUCUUUGAAACACAAUUAUGUAGGAAGAUACAAUUUCCAGAUGUAGAAAAUCUAUUUUGACAGUUACAUUAAUAGAGGAUAUAUUAAAAAAAAAUAACAUUUUCAGACUGUUUUGAAGGCUAGUUAAAAGUUUCUUAAGGGGUGGGGUUGCAUUAGAGGACUUUGUAAUCUUGACUUGAUAUUUCUACAAUCCUGGCUAUGGCCUGCCUCUAGUGAGUUUGCGAAGGUAAGACAUGACAGUAGUAAAGCAUUAUGAGCGCACACAAUUGGUGUUUUAAAUCAUUAUCUUCACUAGAUAUUUGCAGCAAUCAUAUUUUAAAUCAUACUCUUUAUACUGUAUAAAACAGUAUAUGGUUGAAAAAAAAACUCUUCCACUCCUGUCUAUCAUUUUCUUUGACUCCAUGUAAAAGAGAGGGGUGGGUUUUUGUUUUUAAGCAGUCAUUUUGAGGAGACUUGAUGCUAUGCUUUAAGUUAAUGUGCAAUGUUUGUGCUUUACACGGGUAGCGUUUUAUUGAUGAUGGACUGGAAUGGACUGACAGUCACUAGUUUUUUUCUGCCGUUUGAGCCAUGCCAUGAAGGUAUCAUGGCGGCGCUGAUGAUCUCACACUAUCGUCACUUGGGUGUUGAUGAGGUCACAGUGACAAUAAACAUUAAAUUCUGUUGGAUGUAGUUAAGCAGACAACUUUUUGGUGAAUUUAACAAUAAAGACAACUUACAAUUC